UCGCCACGAAUUCGUGAUAACUGUUAAUGUAUGGUUACUUUUCAAAGGUACGGUAAAACGAUAUUUGCAAUGAAAUCUUCAAAAAUUCCCGAAAUUUCAUUUAUAGAUAAUAUCGAAGAUUACGUUAAACAGCAAGGUGAUGUUCAAUUAAUACUGAAAAAUAUGAAUGAAUCCUAUAACAAAUAUAAAUUCCUAGAAAUAAAUUUAUUAACUAAAAAGAAAGCGAUAAAAAGUAAAAUUCCAGAUUUACAGCAUAGUUUAAAAAUGGUAGAUGUUUUAGAAGAGAAGAAGCAAUCAGAACUAGAAGCUCUAACUUUAUUAAAUAUAGCAAACAAUUUAUACUGUCAUGUUAAGAUUCCGCCAACAGACAAGAUUGGAUUAUGGCUAGGAGCAAAUAUAAUGUUAGAAUUUCCAUUAGAUGAGGCCAGACAAGAAUUAAAUAAAAGUUUGAAAGAUGCUCAAACCACUUUAACCCAGAUUGAACAUGAUUCAGAAUUUAUGCAAAAACAAAUAACUACUGUUGAAGUCAACAUGGCUAGGAUAUAUAAUUGGGAUGUCAAGCAAAGGCAAAAUUCAAAUAAGGAUGACUAACUAUUUUGAAUAUAUAUUUAUAUCUUUUAGGCUUAUUGUGUAUGAUUUUUUUUAUAAUACAAAUGUAUUUUUCAGGCUAUUUUCAAUGAAAUUUGUUAUAAAUAAAUACUCAUAAUUUAUCAUCUAUUUUGCUAA